AGAGCUUCACAGCCGAUGGCGCCUGUCUACUGUGCAUACCCAUCGUGCCCAUGCUGCAGCACAAUACAGCCGACGACAUGGCCGUCCUCGUGACUAGGCGUGAGUCGAAGGUGCACCGGUGCGGAUGCAGAGCUUGCAAGGCAGCACCGCCUCGCAGCGAGUCUGGAGUCGGAUGCCGGCUCUCGGAUCUCGCACACGAGGCUCCCUCACUCUCCGCCUCUCAAUGCAGGCAGACGCUGUGUGGCUGGCAGCGGUUGCUCCCGAAGCUGCGCUCGUCAAGAGCUGGCUUCAGCACACGGCCGGUGACGCUGGCUAUCCGGUGCCGGCAGCGGCGAUGCGGCAAGGCGUGCUUCGCUCCCGGCGUGUCAGGCGCAUGAUGCCCAGUCGCCGCCAUGCGAGCUGGCGGCCGCUGGGCGCCGACGGAGGCCAUCCGAUGCCCUCAGCCCCAUCAUCGACCAGCGGGUGCGUGCCGCAGCAGGAGCAAGAUGGAGAGCCGGGGCCCCUCGACCGCUGCAUGCUGGCGAGCGGCGCUCGGGGCCCCGCGCUAGGCUUGCGAGCCGGCCGAGCAGCGCCGCCAGCCACCAGCCGCUCAGCAUCAGGAGGCAUGUGCGCCGGACGAGCGAGGCAGGCAUGAGUGGACGGGGAGCAGACAGAUCUUUCACGGCUACCGGUAGCAACGGACGCCGGCGGCAGGGCGCCUCCCUGGGCUGGAUCUU